ACUCCGCCUUCCCAGGAGCCCUUGCGGCCAGACGCGAAGAUGGCGGCAGCGACGGCCGGGCGCUCCUGAAGCUGCAGUUAUGGAGCUUCCCUCAGCGCCGGGGCCGGAGAGGCUCUUUGACACUCACCGGCUCCCGGGUGACGGCUUUCUGCUGCUAGCACUGCUGCUCUACGCGCCGGUCGGGUUCUGCCUCCUCGUCCUGCGCCUCUUUCUCGGGAUCCACGUCUUCCUGGUCAGCUGCGCGCUGCCAGACAGCGUCCUUCGCAGGUUCGUAGUGCGGACCAUGUGUGCGCUGCUGGGGCUCGUGGCCCGGCAGGAGGACUCUGGACUCCGGGAUCACAGCGUCAGGGUUCUCAUUUCCAACCACGUGACACCUUUCGACCACAACAUAGUCAAUCUGCUCACCACCUGUAGCACCGUGAGUGAGAGCGAGGCCGAGAGCGCCACGGGGCGGUUCCCUGGGGCCCAGCUGAAGGCCCCCAGUCCCCAUUCGCGUUCCCCAUGGAGGAUAUUGACCCUUACCCUAACCCUGAUUCUCCACCCCACAUGUCAGUUUUUCUCAUUUUCCUCAAUUUUUUUUCAUCUUGCUUUCUCUUCUCCUGGUUCCCAGCCUCUACUCAAUAGUCCCCCCAGCUUUGUGUGCUGGUCUCGGGGCUUCAUGGAGAUGGAUGGGCGGGGGGAGUUGGUGGAGUCACUCAAGAGAUUCUGUGCUUCCACGAGGCUUCCCCCCACCCCUCUGCUGCUAUUCCCUGAGGAAGAGGCCACCAAUGGCCGGGAGGGGCUCCUGCGUUUCAGUUCCUGGCCAUUUUCUAUCCAGGAUGUGGUACAACCUCUUACCCUGCAAGUUCAGAGACCCCUGGUCUCUGUGACGGUGUCAGAUGCCUCCUGGGUCUCAGAACUGCUGUGGUCACUUUUCGUCCCUUUCACGGUGUAUCAAGUAAGGUGGCUUCGUCCUGUUCAUCGCCAACUAGGGGAAGAGAAUGAGGAGUUUGCACUCCGUGUACAACAGCUGGUGGCCAAGGAAUUGGGCCAGACAGGGACACGGCUCACUCCAGCAGACAAAGCAGAGCACAUGAAGCGACAAAGACACCCCAGAUUGCGCCCCCAGUCAGCCCAGUCUUCUUUCCCUCCCUCCCCUGGUCCUUCUCCUGAUAUGCAGCUGGCAACUCUGGCUCAGAGAGUCAAAGAAGUUUUGCCCCAUGUGCCAUUGGGUGUCAUCCAGAGAGACCUGGCCAAGACUGGCUGUGUAGACUUGACUAUCACUAAUCUGCUUGAGGGAGCCGUAGCUUUCAUGCCUGAAGACAUCACCCAGGGAACUCAGUCCCUACCCACAGCCUCUGCCUCCAAGUUCCCCAGCUCUGGCCUGGUGACCCCUCAGCCAACAGUCCUAACAUUUGCCAAGUCUUCCUGGGCCCGGCAGGAGAGCCUGCAGGAGCGAAAGCAAGCACUAUAUGAAUAUGCAAGAAGGAGAUUCACAGAGAGACAAGCCCAGGAGGCUGACUGAACUCAAAGGAACAGGAUGGCACCCAGAGCCGCAGGACGGAGACUGGGGGCAGCCCUCACCCAACUCACAACAGGCUGGAUGAGUUGGUGGGUUGUAAAAAGGGAAGGAUGAGGCUCCCCCAAUAUCACAUUAAAUUCAUGGUUUUCAUUCAA